UUUAUUAAUGCUGCAUUCUAUGCGAAGAUACCGUUAAAGGAAGAAGCAAAAUUGUUACUAUUAACUUUUCAAUAACACAUGUGCAGAAAUGUCAGAUAAAAACAAGAGAAAAUCUCGUCGAGUGUAUUUCGCUAAGGAAAAAAGUAUGAAACAAGCUGUUGAAUUUGUACAAAAUAGACUAAGUAAUAAUAAGCGAAGUUGGGAUAACGAAAACUACGAAAAGAAUCACAAAAUAAAACAGCAUUGCACAAGUACGUCAUUACUAAGGAUAUCGGAUUACGUGUCUUUUACAGGAUUUUCUAAAAGCUUAUUUAUGUUAGAGAUUAGGUCACAUUUAGGAAAACAAAACUGGAAGCAUAUACAACAUUUAUAUCCACUCCUAUUAGAUUAUUCUAACGAAAUUGAGUAUUUAAUCUGGCGUUACGCAUUAAUUAUUUUUUUGUAUAGCCCUAAUAGCGAUUCAUCCAACUUGCAACAAUUUUUAGAAAUUUGUAUUGGUAAUCACAGACUGAAUGAUAGAAAAGAAUUGGAAAGAUUAUUACUAUUAGAAUGUAGGAAUUUGAUCAAUUCAUAAAUAAAAGUAUUGACCGAAAA